GACAGUUGAAUCGACAAAAACUCUGUCAUUCUCAUACUUCUGUGUAUCUACAUAGUCUCAGGAGUGUAGUAGUAUACACAGUAUGAUGCUACUAAGUUGUCUGUUUCUCACACAAAUGAAUAGUCCAGAACUUCUUAGAGCUUUCUUUUUAGGUUUGGGAACUUGAGAGUUUUUUAGAAGGGCUCUUUCAGCAGCAAGAAUGCUUAUUCCUUAUCUUGUAGCUGUAUGUAGUGGCUGUCAUAUCUUCUGGCUAAAAUCAUUAUAAUACUACAUGCACUAGUUCUUGGUGCUGGUGGAGAUGAGAGCAGCAUGCUGAUAGGCAGUGGCAGGUUCUAUUCUGUUGCUAUUUGAUCAAACAAGUAGAUCAUGUCCUCGGACUCGGAGGACAGACAUCACCAGUAAAUGCGCAUUUGACUUACUUCUACAUGUUGAACAUGAUCAUGCUCAUGCCUCUUCUAAUAUUUAUACUGGGUUGUGUAUUGGUGUGGAGCUUGGAAAACAAGAAGGCGGUAGCGGUUCGGGCGAUGAUGGCGGACCAGAUUGAAGAAUACAUUGCAAAAAUAAAGUUGAUGGUCAUUGAAGGGCAUCCCAAAUGGCUUUACCGCUUUCUCAAGUACCAUUUGGCGUACUGCGAGAAAUGGCUUGACCGCUGGUGGGCGAUUUACGGCCGACGGCUUUACAUGCGUAUGACGCGCACUGGACGGCGAUUUUGGUAUGGUCUCGCCGUAGUAGCUGAGCAAGAAGCGAG